UUAUACUAACAACACAAGAAAGAAAGAAAGAAAUUAUUUCUUCAAAUCUGAAUUAAUCGGAUUCUGAUGGGGGUUAAAGCGAGCAAGCUGAUUGGGGUUGGUAAACGGCUAAAACUCGGAGGAGGUGCCGUUAUGACACCAAGAGGUUAUGUUCCUGUUGCCGUUGGAAUAAACCUUAAUGAAUCAAAGCGGUUUAUGGUACAUACAACGGCUCUCUACGAUGCUGAAUUUUUGGAGAUGUUGUCACGAUCCGCCGAAGAAUAUGGAUUUCACAAUCAAGGUAUUUUGAGAAUUCCUUAUGAGACUAAAGCUUUUGAGGAACGUAUGUUUAAUGUCGUCGCUACUUGUGUUGGUGGGAGCAAUCGAGUUAGUCCAAAAAUCAGGGGAUGGGAAUAACGGUCAUUACGCGGUGUGAAAUGAAAGUACAUUAUAUUACUAGUAUUUUUGCGCUACUUAAAAUGAUUCAAUCCGAUCUGUAUUCAGCUAGAUCUGCACUUGGAGAAGAACUUUGUAUAUUAUAAUUUCCUUCUUUAUCCGGGUACAUUAUU